GGAAACAUCUCUGCCCGACACUCAGCAAACAUCCAGCAGGCAUUUUAAAUCAUCUCGGACGCCAUGCUUCCAGCAUAAUGUCGGCUAACGUUGCAAUUCAGAAGUUCUCCUUCCCCUUCUCCUGUGCUGCACGGCUUUCUCAGCAAGAUGAGGUGACCCAGAAGGGAAGCGUGCAGGUGAAGGCCCUGGAGCUUCUUAACCUCCAGGGGAAUCGAAUCUUAAGUGAAGCAGGCUCUGUUGCUGUUAUAGGAGCUCUGGUGCACAAGGAGAGUCCAAAAGCUGCUCCUGUGGGAGACAAGGCACCUGUCCAGGUCCUGGUCUGUGCUGGAGCCUCCCAGAGUGCUCUGGUCUGCAGGCAGAGCGUGUUCCAGAAUCUGACAGUUGAAAGUGAAGAUCAGCGUCCUGCGGCGAAGAGACAGCUGUCGUCCGAGAGCGCGGCCAGGACCAUCACCGUGGUGAAGAAGAGCGCAGUGAGGACAGAGGCGGAGUACAACAGGCACCUGAAACCGAAAGCACACCUGGGACAGAGGGCGUCACCACGCCCUGUGGCGGCGGGGAAGAGGAGGCGUCGAAAGGACCUCUUCACCAACUCUGAGGUCUUCCACAGGGUCGAUUCACACGCCAUCAGGGCCGGAGCCGAGCUGAAGGAGAAGUGUGUGUAUGAUGUGAAGACAAUAGUGAAGAGCAUCACACAAGGAGCCAGGAAUGAGCUGGAGAGGCUUCGUGCCAUCUGGGUCUGGCUGUGCCACAACAUCGAGUAUGAUGUGAGUGGGUACCUUGGCCGCUCAGAGAAGCUGAGCUCCCCGGAGGAGGUGAUAGCGGCCGGUCGGGGUGUUUGCUGCGGCUACUCCAGCCUCUGUUUGGAGAUGUGCAGAGAGGUGGGCAUUGUGUGCCAAGAAGUGCCGGGCCACAGUAAGGGCAUCGGGUACCUUCAGGGCCAGAGCCUGGAGAAUGUGAAAUCUGAUCACCUGUGGAACUCUGUGCUUCUGGAAGGACAGUGGUUCCCAUUGGACGCCUGUUGGGGAGCAGGACGAGUAGAUAUGGAACAUGAAAGCUUCGUCAAAAGGUUUGAUGAUUUCUACUUCCUAACGGAACCCGAGGAGUUCGUAGAAUCGCACUUCCCCGAUGAGGAGAAAUGGCAGCUCCUGGACACGCCCAUCUCCCUGGAGGAAUUUGGGAGGAGGGUCUUCAAGACGUCAGCCUUCUUCACUAUGGGGCUCAGGCUGAUUCAGCCUCAUUACUUUCACAUCGUCACAGAUGAUGGCGAGGCAAACGUGUCCCUUGGCUUCUCCAGGCCAGCAACCUUUACCUACGAGAUGACUCAGCACCAGGACCUUCUCCAUUGUGGCGCUCGAGAGCAGAAAGAUUCCAGCAACUCGUCCUUUGGCCUCCUAACAGUCUCCCAUCGGAGCAUGAAGCUGACGCUCCUGCCGCCUGCCAGUGGCGCGUAUGACGUGAAGGUGUUUGCCAGACCUGAAACAGCCACCACACCUCUGAUUUGGGUCUGCUCCUUCACAGUCCAGUGUCCCAUCCCCAGGGCCAUGGAGGAGAUCCCAGAGAACCCCUUCUUGUCUUGGGGCCUCCAGCCUGUUGCAGGAUCUCUGGGCGUUGCAGGCAGCAGCCAGGACAGCAAGGCUGCGGAGGUGGAAGAAGGGGUCUUUGAGUUGGCGUUAAAGACGUCCAGGCCUCUGAUGGUGCUGUGUGAACUGGUCCACCCGGGGCUGGAAGCUGCUGUAGCCAAGCGCUGCCUGGCUACUCAGAUUCAACAGGAUGUCCUGACCUGUCACGUCCUGUGCCCCAUGCGUGGCUUCUACCGGCUGUCAGUGUUUGUGCGAGACUAUGAGAAAACAGAAGUCAAGUUUCAGAAUGCUGCAAACUUCCUGUUGCACUGCAAAGGGAAGGUGGUCAGUCCGAAUGAGCUGUACCCUCCUAACCUGGGCUCAGUGUGUGGGCCGGGGACCCGCACAGUCGAGGCAGGGUUGUCCAAAUUCAGCCACACGACAGCUGUGGUGAGCACCCAGCAAGGCAAGUGUAACCUCACCUUCCACAACCAGCGGGACCUCGAGCUUCACACUGUGCUGAGCAGAGAAGAGACCCAAACAGCAGCCAUCCCGCUGUCACGCCACCUCUUCUGCACAUACACUGACAGCAAGGUGACGGUGAGCGUCAGCCUGCCUGAUGCCGGGGUGUAUCGACUGGGCCUGUAUGCUAAGAUCCCCCCUGGUGGAGAUUUCAGCCCCAUGUGUGACUUUGUUCUGAGGAACAGCUGUGAUCAGCCGGGGCCUCCGUUCCCCUGCGUCUACGCAGCCUGGAGGAAAGGCUACGUGCUCUUUGAGCCCCGUGUGGGUCUGCUGGAGCCCCUCUCAUGGGUCCGCUUCAGGGUGAGGGUCCCCGGGGCCCAGAGGGUAAGCGUGGUGGGAGAGACGCGAACUGAUCUGAAGAUGAAUAAGAGCAGAGUCUGGGAGGGCGAGGUUUUAAGUGGAAACGGGCUCCAACAACUGAAACUGGCCGCCACCUCGGGAGAGUCCAGCGACAUGGCUGUUUUGAUGACCUUUGACAUCAAGCAGCUGGAGAGAGAAGCGUGAAGAAGGCUGGUGGAGAGCAGAGAGAUGGUUCUCUGAACAAAGUGGUUAACUGCCUAAUGUUAUUGAUAUGGACUAAUGCAAAAUCAGACUGGGGGAGAAAAUAUCUGCAAACAAUUCAAACUGUGAGCCGCAAUCCUUCAGGUUCACCUGCGUCAGCACGACACAGUCACAAUCAGGUGUACGGACAUUUUAUUUGAUAAAUGGUCGAGUGAAUGUGUGAACUUUGUAGCAAUGAAGUGAUACCUUAUGAAAUACCGAACUUACCUGGAAAUUGUUUGCGAUUUUUUGAAACUUAUUAUUUGAUCCAGGUGUUCAGUGCAACAACUGACGAUGGUGCUCAGCUGCAAUAUCAUACUGAUCUAUGGUGCAUUGUUAUUAUGUUUUAUGAAGUAAACCUGCAUUAUGAAGUGAGCAAUAAAGAUAU